GAAUGCGCAGUCAUCGUCGUUUUGCUACAAGCUGAUUGAUGCUGAAAGCUCUCGGACCAUAUAUACUGCGUAUUUAUCAGCAUGUGCGCUCUUGACAAGCACGCACAAGACGCACCACUCUGUCGCCUUGAUUCGUCAGCGCUGUCGUCGAUAUCGCAAUUUCGCCGCAACCGCGGCUGGCGUCGGCCUGCACUGCAAACGUACAUCAUCACUAUAUAAACUACCUUCCUGUCCUUAAUCCUCAUCAUCUUACUGUCUCUUGAACUAUUGUCCGCCAUGUCGCCCUCUGUACUGAACGGUGUCGCCAAGACCAACGGGCAAGCAGCGGUAAAGCCGCACCUCGACGGCUUCGGCACGCGAGCUAUCCAUGUGGGCUCCGAGCCCAACCCAGACACCGGGGCUGUGAUACCGGCAAUCUCGCUGAGCACGACAUACAAGCAGGAUGGCGUCGGGAAUCAUAAGGGUUUCGAAUACUCCCGCUCCGGCAACCCAAACCGCAAUGCACUAGAAGCCACACUUGGGUCGUUAGAAUCAGGCGGUGCCCAUGCGCUUGCUUUUGCGUCGGGAUCGUCUACGACCGCCACUGUAUUACAAUCCCUCGGUCCGAAUGCCCACGUCAUCAGCGUGAACGACGUAUAUGGUGGCACAUUCCGAUAUAUGUCUCGCGUUGCAAAGGAGAAUCAGGGUCUUGAAACAACGUUUGUCGACCUAGAGAAUGCAGAUGAUGCCACCAUACUGGCGGCAUUUAGACCUAAUACCAAGCUAAUAUGGAUAGAGUCUCCGACAAAUCCCACUCUGCGCCUCAUAGACAUCCCUCGCAUAGUCUCAUUGGCACGCUCCACGCCCAUCUCACCCCUCGUCCUCGUUGACAACACCUUCCUGUCCCCCUUCUACUCCUCGCCUCUCCUGCAGGGUGCAGAUAUCGUCAUGCACAGCCUCACCAAGUACGUCAACGGGCAUUCGGACGUCGUCAUGGGCGCACUCAUCCUUCCCGAACACCACUCCGCAGUCCUCGCGAAACUUCGCUUCCUCCAGAAUGCGAUUGGCGCUAUACCGAGCCCAUACGACUGCUGGCUCGCGCAGCGCGGCGCCAAGACGCUGCACCUUCGUAUGAAGGCACACGGUGUCAACGCGCUUGCAGUCGCGCACGCGCUGCAGCGCUCGCCGUAUGUCGAGGAGGUUAUCUAUCCUGGGCUUGCGACGCACCCCCGGAAUGAGCUUGCAUAUCGCUCGCUCUCGCCACACGCACGCAGGUUCGUGGAUGACUAUGUCAGCAGCCACGACGAGGACGGCGGCUUCCCCUACGGCGGGAUGAUCUCGUUCCGUAUACGUGGCGGCGCGGAGGAGGCCAACCGGUUCCUCACCGCGACGCGCCUGUUCACGCUCGCAGAGUCGCUCGGCGGCGUGGAGAGUCUCGCCGAGCUGCCUGCGCUAAUGACGCACGGCAGUAUUCCGCCCGCAGAGCGCGCACUGCUAGGUAUUGGAGACAACUUGAUACGUUUGUCUGUCGGCGUGGAGGAGGCGGAGGACCUUGUCGCAGAUGUAGAGCAGGCUCUGCGGAUUGCUGUAAGUGCUUCGAAGUAGGCAUGGCUUUCUACAGUCUUGUACUCUAUCCCUCGAUACUGAAAUAGCAGGUGUAUACCCAAGGUGUAGCGUACGGGAUAUUAAUCGUGCAUGUUGGAAUCAUUUACUCGCGCGUACAUACGCCAGUGCAUACAUGGGGGGAGCACUCAGCUCUAUUCACUGAACGGCUAUCACUACUGUAAGGUUAGAGGUUUUGCAGUAAUGAUAUUUAUACUGCGCUUCAAGAAUAAUAUCUUCGCUGCUUGCACUCAGCUUUAGUAGACAGCUUGUAAUCAUCUUGAUACUCAGCCUUCAUAUCUUCCCAAUGGCUCUCGAUAAUUGAGACGUUAACACUCCC